UAUUUAGAAGAUCCAGGGGAAUGUACUUUAGUGAUGCGGAUUGUGGCGAAAUGAUGUCAAUGGUCUAUAACUGGCCAGCUGAUCAGGUUGAUAUGAUUGUUGUAACUGAUGGAAGUCGAAUCUUGGGUCUUGGCGAUCUUGCAGUCCAUGGUAUUGGAAUUGCAAUUGGAAAGAUGGAUUUAUAUGUUGCUACUGCUUGGAUUAAUCCCCAAAGAGUGCUUCCUGUCAUGAUUGAUGUUGGAACAACAAUCAGAAGCUUCUUAAAGACCCACUAUGUAAGAGUUAUACUUUUAACGCCUACUACAUAAUGUAAAUAGAAAUCAU